AUGCCCAAUAUCAUCGUAACUGGCGCUGCCUCCGGCUUAGGCAAGGCCUUCGUGACAGCCUAUCUCAAAAGUGCCGACAAUUCCGUCCUUGCAGUCGAUAGGAGCUUUUCUUCCUCCUCUGCACAAAACGUUCUGGAAGCAGCAGAUGCGUACCGCAAGGACGUCGGCAAUAACGAAACGAAUACGCUUCGCAUGUUUACCAUUGACGUAAGAGAUGAGACCCAAAUUACCACGCAACUCCAUGAUGUCGAGGAUAUUGACCUCAUGAUCCACAGCGCUGGUGUGAGGGGUCUCGAGAGUUCGGUAUCCAUUAAGAGGAGCGCCGAUGUUGCCGAGGCGGAGACUAUGAAUGUGAUAACUGCUGAGACAAUGACGGAUACUUUUCAAACCAACACUGUGGGCACGUUCUUACUCAUUCGAGCUUUGCUCCCCAAACUGAGGCCUCUUGGCGGGGCGAAAGUCGUUAUCAUGGGUUCUCGGAUGGGUUCCAUGGGCUCUAAUACGACCGGUGGCGGGUAUGCGUAUCGUGCGUCCAAGGCGGCGCUGAAUGCGAUCGUGAAAUCGUUUUCGAUAGAUUUGCCGGAUAUUAUCUUUACGGUUGUGCAUCCGGGAAGGGUCGAAAGCGGGUUGGUGGCUGUGAAAGAGGACGGAGCAAUUAGUGCGGAGGAGAGUGUGGUGGAUGUGUUGGGGUUAAUUGGGAGAUCUGGAAACGAGGAUUCUGGAAAGUUCUUCGAUCGCUUUGGGGAGGAGGUGCCGUGGUGA